AUGACCAAAAUAUCCCCUUGUACCAAAACUUACACUUUGAACAGUGGCUACACCAUUCCGGCUAUCGGAUUAGGGACCUUUGUUGCCGAUGAUGGGAAGGAGAGUGAGGUUGGAGAUUCAGUGAAAUUCGCCCUCCAAAACGGCUAUAGACACAUUGAUGCUGCUAUGUAUUACAAGAACGAAGAGGACGUUGGAAGAGGGAUCAGGGAAAGUCGUGUUCCUCGUGAAGAUAUCUUUGUCACUACUAAGAACUGGAAUGAUGAACGUGAUGACAUUGAAGGUGCAUUGAAUGCCUCUUUAGCCAGAUUGGGGUUGGAAUAUCUUGAUUUAUAUUUGAUCCAUUGGCCAGUUAGUUGGAAGAAGGGCACUGAAGAUGUUGAUGAGACUUUGGAUUAUAUUACUGUUUACAAGAAGUUGCAACCGUUAGUUAAAGCUGGUAAAGUCCGUUCAAUUGGGAUUUCCAAUUAUUCCCAGCCAAAGAUUGAAAAAUUAUUAGCUGACCCAGAAGUCACUAUUAAACCUUCUGUUCUUCAAAUUGAAGCUCAUCCUUUAUUACCUCAACCAGAGUUAUUUGAUUACUUGACUAAAGAGAAUAUCAUUGUAGAGUCCUAUUCUCCAUUGGGGGCCAAUAAUGCCCCAUUGCUUAGGAAUGAAACAAUCAUAGAAAUUGCUGAAAAGAAUGGUGUUGAACCUGCUAUGCUUUUAAUUUCUUGGGGUGUUCAAAGAGGCGCAGUGGUGCUACCAAAAUCAGUCAAGGAAGCUCGUAUCAUCAGUAACUUGAACACCUUUACAAUUCCAGAAGAUGAUUUUGCAACCUUAAACAAUUUGGCAAAUGUUGAAGGCGUUCACAGAGUUGUCAAUCCUCCAUGGAACGACUUUGUUAAUUAG